AUGAUGGCGACCACCGCUAGAGUUGAGGUGACUAAGAAAAUCAUUGAAUUGGUGGAUUUUCCGGUGGAAUCCAUCGGAGAAGAAAGCAUAAACUGGAAUCAAGAAUGGUCGGGAAGGUUUUCCGAAGCUAAAAGACUAUAUUCGGAAUUCACCACCACUUUCAACGAACCUCUUCUCCAAUAUCAUCCAAUUCCUCAGGCCCAUCUUCCCGAUACCACCGGCGUCAAUGGCGGAUCUACUCCUGAACCUUUGAAAGAACAAAUUAAUCUGGUUGAGAAAUCAGAGGAAUGCAAACAAAGUUCUGAUCAGAAGACAAAUGAUGAAUAUGAUUGCAUGAAUGAAUUGAAGCCUUCAACAACUGACAACGUUAUAAAAAAGAGGAAAAUAAGGAAGUUGUCUGACAUUUACAGAGAUUGCGACGACAUCGCGGCCGCAGCCGCCGACAACAACGAAUUAGGUCGUGCUAAUCGUACAUGCAAAGCAGCUGAGAAUAAUAAUAAUAAUAAUAAUAAUAAAUUAAGGAAAAAGAAGCAUAGUAAAUACAUUAAGAAGAAGUUGGGGAAGAAAUGCAGUUAUUGUGAAUCAACAAGAACUCCACAAUGGAGAGAAGGUCCUGCUGGCCCUAAUUCACUUUGCAAUGCUUGUGGCCUCAGAUUGAAGAAGUGGAACUGUCUUGAUCCAACCCUUAAUCAAAUCAAUUAG